AUGUCUGUGCUGUCUUCUACGCAAGGCACCAGUUCAAAAACUAUGGCCUCGAAUCAGCCCACUCGAGAGCCAGAAAAUAUCUCUAACGAAAACGAGGACGAAGACCUCCUAGACGCCGACGAAGUAGGCGAAGAAAUACCUGAAGACGAUGAUCACCCUAUGGAAGAUGACGAGGAGGACAUCCAAGAAGAAAUACACUUACAGAACGACUCAAUAGCACACUUCGACGAGCACAAAGACAGCAUAUUCUGUAUAGCGCAGCAUCCUACAAACCCCGCGAUAGUUGCGACAGGAGGUGGUGAUGAUAUAGGCUAUAUAUUCGAUGCAACUGUCGAGCCUGGCCCAGUACUUCCCAGCAGCUACCAGAGCGGACCACAGCAGCAACAGCAAGAACGAAAGGGACUACCUCUGCUGAAAAAGCUGGAAGGACAUACCGAUAGCGUGAAUGCGAUUGUGUUCACGAUACCUCACGGCGAAUAUGUGGCCACAGCAGGUCUAGAUGGCAAGCUGAGAACAUGGAGGCAUAGCAAGAAAGAUGACUGGUCACAAUGGGAUUUUGUCGCAGAAGCAAGGGAGGUUGAAGAGAUUAAUUGGUUAUCAGUGUGUCCGAAUCCACAGCAGCCGAAUGUGGUUGCGCUCGGUGCCAAUGACGGAAGUGUCUGGGUCUACAGGAUUGAUGCUGCAGAUGAGGGCAAUGAGCUCAAUAUUCUGAUGACCCAGUAUCUACACACAGCCUCCUCUACAGCUGGCGCUUGGACUCCAGACGGCAAGUUCUUAGCCACGGUAUCAGAAGACAGCAGCCUAUACGUCUGGGACGUAUUCGGAUCAGCACAACCCGUCGUUAGCAUGACUGCAGAAGAUCAGCGCUUCGAGGUCGAAGGAGGCCUGUACAGCGUAGCAUGCACAACAGCCAUAGUCGCUGUAGGUGGCGCGGGAGGCAACAUCAGAGUCGUGGGCCUACCACAAACAGCCGACACAUCGAAAAAGAACAAGGCGGGUGGCGCGUCGAAGCAGCAAGUCGGCUCUACAGGUCAAAUACUAGCCUCCUUACAAGCACAAGGCGAUGGCGUCGAAACACUCUCAUUCUCCUCUCCACCUCUCACAAUGCUGGCAGCAGGUAGCGUAGAUGGCUCGAUAGCGCUGUUCGACACGGCUCAUCGAUUCGCUGUACGACGGCACAUCAAAGAGGCACAUGAAGAUCAGACUGUGGUCAAGGUCGACUUUGUUCGCAAUCAAGCGAAAGGAGGCUGGCUAUUGACUAGUGCGGGCAUGGAUGGUGUCGUGCGCAGGUGGGAUGUCAGAGGAGGUACGACUGCUGCUGGUCAGGGCUUCAUACAGGAGUGGCAGGGUCAUCGUGGAGGUGGUGAAGGCGGUGGUGUACUUGGCUUCGUGCAAGGUGGAGGAGGUAAUCGCAUCAUCACUGCUGGCGAUGAUAGUGUGUCGUUGGUCUUCAAGGCCGACAUAUAA